AACCCCUUCGCAAGGCGCCACUUUAUGUUAUGUUGUCAUUUUUUAUGGUGUGUCUCUCGUGGAACAUAAAGUUUCGUAUAUUUAAUAAUUUAUUAAUUGUAAAAUCACAAUAUUUGAUAACCAAUCGUUUUAAGUACUCAAGGUCUCAACACACUACGCUUCUAUCAACUCCACUCCACCUUUCGUAUAGUGAAUAUCUGAGAACUCCGAUGUUUCGUAGUGAUUGUUGACAUUGACUCGUCCAUCAUUCCAUCAUUAAAAUAUUGCAAAAUUGAACAAUUCCACAAUGGCGUCAGACAAUCUAGGACGCACCACUCCACCUAAUGAGGAGACAAAGAGUGCAGGUCAGCCACUGUCAGAUUUCCUAGUCCAAUUGGAGGACUACACACCAACAGUGCCUGAUGCAAUAAGUGAAUAUUAUCUGCACACAGCAGGGUUCAACACAACAGAUCCUCGCAUAGUUCGAUUAGUCUCCCUAGCAGCUCAAAAAUUCAUCUCAGAAAUAGCUAACGACGCUCUGCAGCACUGCAAAACCAGGGGAGCUAAUCAAACCACAAAAUCAAAGAGCAAAGAUCGUAGAUACACAUUGACGAUGGAAGAUCUCACUCCGGCUGUUGCUGAGCAUGGAAUUAUCGUCAAGAAGCCUCACUACUUCGUAUAAAAUCCACGACUUCUCAGUUUUUGUAAUGCCAGCCCACCCCAUCAAUUGUACCCCUUAUCUCUUCCCACAAAAUAUAAAUUCAAAUAAAUUCUUUUGGAUCGCUGUA